AUGGAUCAACCAGCCCAACCCAACGCUGCUGCCAUGCACAAUGUGGUUCGCCGCCGUGGCUCGGUCGGCACCACGCAGCUCUUCGAUAACAUCGUGUCCACCUCCAAUUUCGACUACGAAGAAGUGGAGCGGCUGCGCAAACGUUUCAUGAAACUUGAUAAGGAUAGCUCCGGCACCGUUGAUCGCGAUGAGUUCCUUUCGCUACCCCAGGUUUCUUCCAACCCGCUCGCAACCAGAAUGAUCGCGAUUUUCGACGAAGACGGUGGUGGUGAUGUCGACUUCCAAGAAUUCGUGAUGGGCUUGUCAGCAUUCAGUUCCAAGGGAAACAAGGAGGAGAAGCUUCGAUUCGCAUUCAAAGUCUACGACAUCGACCGGGACGGGUACAUCUCCAACGGCGAGCUCUUUAUUGUGCUGAAGAUGAUGGUGGGCAACAAUCUCAAAGAUAUCCAGCUGCAGCAGAUUGUGGAUAAGACCAUCAUGGAAGCAGAUAAUGAUGGCGACGGGAAGAUCAGCUUCGAGGAAUUCACACAUAUGGUGGAGAGUACCGAUGUGAAUUUGAGCAUGACAUUGAGUAAGUUGCUUACCACCGAAGUCGUCAAUUGGGUGCUGACGUUCUUCUCCAGACCAAAUAUAAAGAGCGGACUAUACCAGGUACAUUGGGAGGACCCUGCAACGCCGGAGCCUGGCGCCCGGAGCCCAUAG